UAUUGUUGUUUGCUCUUAUGUCAAUGUGGUUGUGGCUCGUGUUUGACGCCUUUACUUACAUGUCAACAGGUUGGAAUUAUUGGCGGAUCAGGAUUAGACGAUCCGGAUAUUUUGGAAAAUCGGAAGGAUAGAUAUGUUACUACACCGUUUGGCGAACCUUCAGAUGCCCUCAUCGAAGGCACAAUUUCUGGUGUCCCUUGCAUACUGCUAGCGAGACACGGUCGUCGACACAACAUUAUGCCUGGAAAUGUCAACUUUCGUGCAAACGUUUGGGCACUUAAGGAGUCUGGGUGCACACACAUUCUGGCGUCAAAUGCUUGCGGAGGCUUGCAGGAGCACACACACCCUGGAGAUAUUGUUGUAUUGAACCAGUUAUUCGAUCGCACCCACAAUCGAAAGCAGACUUUUUAUGAUGGUGAACCCGGGCACCCAGUAGGUGUCGUCCAUCUCUCAGCCGCCGACCCGUACUGCGAAGAGACACGCAAGGUUUUGAUCGAAGCCGCACGCAAGUUCAUACCAAGCAUCUACACUCCAGGCCAGGUUCGUUCCGAACACGAUGAGCCACAUUUGCAUACGACUGGUAGUUGCGUGACAAUUGAGGGGCCAAGAUUCUCGAGCCGUUGUGAAUCAGAAAUGUUCCACUCCUGGGGCAUCGAUGUUAUAAAUAUGACCAACGUGCCUGAAGUUAUUCUUGCCAAAGAAGCUGGUUUGUCGUAUGCCACUUUGGCUAUUGUGACAGAUUAUUGUGCUUGGCGAAAAACCAGGGAAGGCGUGAACGUGGAGGAAGUUGUGAAGAAUUUCAAGAAGAGUGCAAACACCGUCAAGGGCAUUCUAAUCGAAGCUAUCAAGCUACUCAGCACCAGAGACUGGACUGACGUAGUUACUGCUAACCGGGCCCUCGCGGAGAACUCCCGUCAAGAUAUCCACUAA